GGAGAUGUGUUAUGCAUCCGCAUUCCUGAAGAGAUCAAAACUGAGCCUGAUGGAGAGGACUACAUGGUAUCAGAAGCAACCAGUGCCUCUCAGUCCCUCUCAGAAGGAUAUCCAGGCUGUUCUGCAGCUCAGAGUGAAAACAGUGGAAGUGGCAAUGAGGUGGAGAGCGGGGGACUACCGUCAGGAUCAAAGCCACUGAAAUCACUCAGAAAACAGGCAAAGAAAAGACUAAGCUCCCAUACCUCUGCUGGAGGCAGGGUGACCACAAACGCUUCUCCUCCUUAUUGUUGCAAGUUGUGUGGAAGUACGUUUGUGUACAUUGGUCCUUUAGUUAACCAUGUGAAAAAUGUGCACACAAAGCUUACUGCAGAAUACCGUUGUGGUGUGUGCGAAGAAGUCUUUGAAUCCAUAGCAAGUCUGACAGAGCACCUGCAAACCCACAUUAAAGCAACACGCACUUGUAAUGUUUGUGGCAAAUGUUUCCCUAGUGAUUCUAGUAUGAGGACACACAUGGUAACUCACACAGGAGAGAAACAGUAUCAAUGUAAAGAAUGUGGAAAAUGCUUCAAAAAUAAGGGAUAUAUGCACUUGCAUAUGAGGCGUCACACGGGGGAGACACCAUUUUGGUGCAAAGAUUGUGGCGAAAGUUUCACUUGUAAGGGAUACUUGAAAACACAUAUGAAGUUCCACACAAGUGAGGAACCACAGCCCACACUGAUUAAUGAUAAACAACAGGAACUUGGGACCAGACAGGAGGAAGACCAGCUUGGAGGACUGGAGUCAGAUACCAAAGACUCCAUAUUCACCAUCUGUGAGGAAAGUGACUGUGAUCCAAUGGAUUUCUCAAGCCAAACUUCCGAGAGCGGACAGGGAGAUGUGUUAUGCAUCCGCAUUCCUGAAGAGAUCAAAACUGAGCCUGAUGGAGAGGACUACACGGUAUCAGAAGCAACCAGUGCCUCUCAGUCCCUCUCAGAAGGAUAUCCAGGCUGUUCUGCAGCUCAGAGUGAAAACAGUGGAAGUGGCAAUGAGGUGGAGAGCGGGGGACUACCGUCAGGAUCAAAGCCACUGAAAUCACCCAGAAAAUGGGCAAGCACCCAUAACCGUGCUAGAGGCAAGGUGACCACAAAUGCUUCUCCUUAUUGUUGCAAGUUGUGUGGGAGUACGUUUGUGUACAUUGGUCCUUUAGUUAACCAUGUGAAAAAUGUGCACACAAAGCAUACGAAAAUGUGUGGUGUUUGCGAAGAAGUCUUUGAGUCCAUAGCA